AUGGAUUCCGAUUACGGACAACUCGGACUUGACCGUGAAAACACGAUGGCCGCUUUCCAUGACGGCUCUGCUUGCAAUACCGUAGCCUCUACCAACGAGAAGGCGCGCGCCAUGAACCUCCUCACAGGCGACCAGUUCGACGUCGCCUUGGCUAUCGAGUCACUCUCAAUUUCGCAGCCGCUGCAGGUCCUUGCGCCUUUGUCGAUCGACGAAUACUUCUCGGAUGAGAAUAUCAUGGAUGACCACACGAUGAGCGAAGCUGAGGCCAACACAACGGGCUCUCGCCUUCUCAACGUCCAGUACAUGCCCUCGGCUCCUAAGCAGUACUACCAGCAUGACCACAAGCGUCACGAGGACGCCAUGAACUUCACCAAGUCGCCCUUCAUUAAGGUCGAGUCAGACCUGACGCGCGCAGCUGAGGAAAUCGCCAUUCGCAUCACCACUGAGCUGAGUGAGAAGACGGCAGCCGACGGUAGCCCGGUCCCCCAGAACAAGAAGCACGAUGAUACCAAGGACGCGAUCAUCUCGGGACAAAUGGGCGCUUUCGCUGUCGACGUCAGCUUCGCCCUGCUCAAUGCCACCCCACUUCCCUACUCAGUCACCCUGGAGGCGGCCUUCGCCAGCGACAUUCACGCCUGCGCCGAGACCAUGGCACUGCAGCGCAUCCUCCUCUCAUAUUCCCGCAAGAAGCUCGCGCGCUCUGCCGUUGCGUUUCACGAUGAGAAUGACGGUGUCAUCACGGCUACUGCUUUCGGCGAAGUUUACCUGUCGGAAGCGAUUUACAUGUCGCUCGACGCGCUGCGUCGCUACUACCGCGCGGUGCAGCAGAGCAUCGAGAGCAAGGGAGAGCUCAUCAUCCAGAGCCUCGAGAAGGGAGAAAUCGAUGAAAAGGACGUGCGCAAGAUCCAAAAGGUGCACAGGCUCUGCGGAUGGGCCGAGGAUUCCGUCGACGAGAGCACCGCAUGCGUGAAGGCGGCCUGGAUGACCACCGGAGAAGAACAGGAGAACGGAAUCCCUGCUUGCCAGACAAGGAUGGAGCUGUUGAUGACGAGGAUUGACUGGCUGUGCUCAAGCCUGAGGGAGCUUGAGACGGACGAGGAUGGCAGUGAGCUUGGAGAUGAGGAUAACUCGUACUCCGGCUGCGAGUACGACGUGGAAGAGGAUGACGACGAUGGAAUGGAUGGCGUGGAGGAUGACUGCCCUGUUGACCGUCUUGCCCAGGGGGUCAGUGGCGUCCACCUUGGUUAA